CAAAAAAACAACAACAGAAGCAGCAGCAGCAGCAACAGCAGCAGCAAUAACAAUAAUAAUAGCAACAUUAAUAACAAUAACAAACUUUUCCACGAGAGAAUUGGAUCACUUGAAGCCGACCGGUGAACACCCUCUUAACCCGCACAAUCAAUGACUAUAACUCCCACCUCGACCGCCGCUGCCGCUUGUGCAGCCCCCAUAAUAAAGCUUCCCCAUCGCUUUCUCUUCAUCGCUUCCAUCGGGAAUAGCAAGCCCAUCCACUACCGCCAGACCCGCCAUAGCGCUGGUCAUCUCCUCCUCGAUGCUCUUCGCCCGCUCCUUCGCGCGCGCGUCCCUUACUCCGGCCCCCAGGCGCGGCCCGUCUUCUACGAGACCUAUGAGUCCCCUGCCAUGAUGAACGUAUCCGGCGGCAAAGUCAUUCCGGCCCUGGGCAAGUGGAUGGAUCAAUGCCGCAAGUCGAAUCUACUCGCUGAGCGUGGUGACCUCAGUUACUCCUCCUUCCAGCCCACCGGGCAUGAAGCGCCUGAAUGGGAACGUCGGGGCACCGAUAUUCGCAACCUGCGCGAUUUCAAACCGACUUUGGUCAUUCUACAUGACGAGCUGGAGGCGCCGCUUGGCAAGGUCAAAGUCCGACGCGGCGGUCCGGAUGAGGCCAGUCUGCGGGGCCAUAACGGCCUCCAGGAUAUCUUCAACGUCUUGCGCCGGAAGAAAUACUACCCCGCUAAGUCGGCAAAGAGUUUGAGGGUGAUGCGUGUGGGUGUCGGGAUAGGUCGUCCUAAGGAGAGAACGUCCGACGCUGUCUCCAGCUAUGUCCUUGGCAAGAUGAACCAGACGGAGUUGAAUGCCAUUGCCGCCGCGGCAGGGCCUGUCAUGGAUCUCCUGGCCGAUGAAUUCUAUCGGUCAGACGAUGAGCUCAUGUGAGCCGUGGGCCAUGGGUAGAAAGAAUAUGUACAGAGCAGCC